GCCGAACGCACCUAACCUUAAAGUUAGAUAUAAUAAAAACAUAAUUGCGUUCACAACAAAUCAAAAAAAUUUGUAAUUUUUGUUUGUUUACCAUACAUUCGAUAUGUCUGGUUCUUUGUUAUAUGGCGGUGACGAAAUUGGAGCUUUAGUUUUUGAUCCAGGACAUCAUUCUCUAAGAGUAGGAUAUGCCCAAGAAGACACACCAAAAGCUGAAAUUCCGGCUAUUGUGGGAGUAGCACCGGCACCGGAAGAAAUUAAAUUAGAUCCUGAGGCAAAACCAGAUGAUAGCAAUGUAUCAUCAAAUGCUCCGACUCACAAGUAUUACAUUGAUACAGCUUAUUUACAUGGACCUAGAGCAAAUAUGGAGUUGCAAAGCUAUAUGAAAGAUGGGAUGAUCGAGGAUUGGGAUUUGUUUGAAAAGAUAAUGGAUUAUUCAUACAGCAAAGUUAUUCAAUCUGAAUCUAUGUACCAUCCAGUACUAUUCUCAGAAUCUCCAUGGAACCAAAGACAAAAAAGGGAAAAGCUUACGGAAAUAAUGUUUGAAAAGUACAAAGUGCCAGCAUUUUUCCUGGUGAAAAAUGCAGCUCUUGCAGCAUUUGCUAAUGGCAGAGCCACUGCCUUAGUUAUUGAUAGUGGAGCAACUCAUACAACUGCAGUACCUGUACUUGAUGGCUAUGUUUUAGCAAAUGCUGUAGUCAAAUCUCCUUUGGGUGGAGAUCUUUUAGUUUUAAGGGCAAGAGAACUAUUAGAAAGCAUGGGAAUUGAUCUUACACCCACUCCUAUGAUUGCCAGUAAAGAAGUGGUUCGUGAAAAGGAGCCACCUAAGUUUACAAAAAAGAAGUUGAGUUUUCAGCCUUCAAAUUCUUGGUUGAACUACAUGAUAAAGAAGACUAUACAGGAUUUUCAACAAACAGUAUUACAGGUGUCUGAAAAUCCUUAUGAUGAAAGGGCUGCUACAAGCAUACCCGCAGUUCAUUACGAGUUUCCAUCUGGAUAUCAUCAAGAUUUUGGACCUGAGCGUUUUAAGUUAGCUGAAGGUCUAUUUGACCAUGCGAUGCUGGGAGCUGGAUAUAUAGCUGCUACAAGUGCCGGUAUGUGUGACGUUGAUAUUAGACCAGCACUCUACAGCGCAGUGGUUGUAACUGGUGGAAAUUCUUUAGUACAGGGUUUUAGCGAUAGGCUUAGCAGAGACCUGUCGUCGAGAACGCCAGGUUCUCUCAGAAUGAAGAUGAUCGCAGCUAACGGUACCGUUGAGCGCAGGUUUGGUGCCUGGGUUGGAGGCUCGAUUCUAGCAUCUAUUGGUACAUUCCAGCAAAUGUGGAUUUCCAUGCAAGAGUACCAAGAGUGCGGAAAAUCCCAGGUCGAUAGAAAGUGCCCUUAAGAUAUAGUUUUAUCAUAAGACUUUUAUAAUGUAAAUGAAGUAUCAAAUUUUUUUAGACAUGUUCGAGAGUUUUUAAUGUCUAACUGUAUUGUGUAAUUCUAAGUUUACAAAUAACAAUAAACCUAUUUUUUCUAUGAU